CAGUAAUAUGGUUGUGUAUUUAUUUCUGGAUAGUUGAGAAACAGGAGGCACUGAUCGCUCUUCAUACUCACAGACACAUUGUAACACCUCCACACACACACACACACACACACACACACACACACACACGGUGCAGCAGCAGAUCGUCAGGAAGCAGAUUCCGCUCACAGCUCUCGUUUUUCGGGCAGCACGGAUAUUAAAUCAGGACAAGCGGAACCAGAAGCGGGUCGGUCAGCGGGCAGGUGUGUCCCGUGCUCAGGCUCUGGUACCGGCUUCGGUUCUGCUGCAGGAGGAGGAAACGUGACGGGAAUCAGAUCGAUGCUCUGAGCUUUAUCACCAUGAUGAUGAACUCGUCAGAGAAGAUGAAGAAGAAGCCUCCGAAGGACAGUCUGACUCUGCUGCCAUGUUUCUACUUUGUGGAGCUGCCCAUCGUGGCUUCUUCUAUGGUGUCUCUAUACUUCCUGGAGCUCACCGACGUGGUGCAACCAGCUCAGGUGGGUUUCCGCUGCCACGACAGAGAACUCAGCAUGCCAUAUGUGGAUGGAGGAGACGAGCUCAUCCCUCUUCUAAUGCUGCUGAGCCUCGCCUUCGCCGGACCAGCUGCCUCGAUCAUGCUGGUUGAAGGUCUGGUGUACUGCCUGCAGUCCAGACUGAAGCUCCGUAGACCUGAAGGGAGCAUCAACGCAGGAGGCUGCAACUUCAACUCCUUCCUGAGGAGGACAGUGCGCUUCGUAGGUGUGCACGUGUUCGGCCUGUGUGCAACCGCUCUGGUCACUGACAUCAUCCAGCUGUCGACAGGUUACCACGCCCCCUUCUUCCUUACAGUCUGUAAACCAAACUACACGCUGGUCGGCCUCUCGUGCGACAGGAACGCCUACAUCACCAGAGACAUCUGCUCAGGUCAUGAUCAGCACGCCAUCAUGGCCGCCAGGAAAACUUUUCCUUCCCAGCAUGCAACUCUGUCGGCCUUCGCUGCUGUUUAUGUGUCUAUGUAUUUUAACUCCACCAUCUCUGACAGCACCAAGCUGCUCAAACCCGUCCUGGUGUUUGCGUUCGCAAUCGCUGCAGCGCUGACAGGUCUGACUCAGAUCACACAGCACCGCAGUCACGCCAUCGACGUGUACGUGGGCUUCCUCAUCGGAGCCUUCAUUGCCGCUUACCUGGCUUUUCACGCCGUCGCCAACUUCAAGUCCUCUGUUGACAUCACUUUAACCCCGCCUCCCCCACCCCCAAAGGAGGACCCUCUUCGAGCACUAACAGAGAGAGGCCAUGAGUCCGUCUACAACAAAGGCCCCGCCUCUGCCUCGGAGAGCAACGAUGAGAUUGCAGCAGCUCCAGUUCCCUUGGAGGGCCUGGGUCCCCUGGGUCCCCUGGGUCCCCUGCAGAGAGAGAAGGACUCCAUGGGGAGCCUGAAGAGAGCCAGCGUGGAUGUGGAGCUGCUGGCCCCCCGCAGUCCCAUGGGAAAGGAGACCAUGCUAACCUUCAGCAAUACGCUACCGAGAGCUAGCAUGAAUGCUAAUGGGGUGCAGGGAGCCAGCCCUGGACAUGAUGACCCCCUGCAGCCGUUGCAGCCGGUGCAGCCGGUGCAGCCAGUGCAGCCGGUGCAGCCAGUGCAGCGGCGUCUGAAGGCAGUCCAGGUCCCUGUGGACCCGAUGCGGUCUCAUCAGCUGGUGUCAGAGUGGAAACAGAAGUCGAUGGAGAUGAGGGGUCUGAGCAUCCGCGACGAGGCAGAGCGGGAGGCAAGUGAGGACGGCUCUGAGGCGGACUCUGUGGGGACAGACGAGGGGGGGUCACAGGUCCACGUCUAUCAGCACCCCUUGCAGUCUGGGAGGGCACCCUCUAGUCGAAACCCCACCCCCCCUCCAGGGGGCGCUAAAGCUGUGGCCACUCCCAGACCGCCACAGAUCCCUGAAGCCGGACCCCCUUCAGUUUCCCCAAAAAGCGCUUUGACUCGGGCCAAGUGGCUCGCCAUCCGAGAGAAGACCAGCGGGGAGGGGUCAGCACGUAGCACCUCUAACCAGCCACGCCUCAUGCAGGUCAUCGCCAUGUCAAAGCAGCAGGGUCUUCUGCCCUCCUCCUCCUCUGAGACCACCUCCACCACCGACCCCCCACACUACCGGCCUCACUCUGACCCGCCGCGGGAGGGGGCAGGGAUCAUCACAGUGGAUGCUCAUGCCCCCCACCAUCCUGUUGUUCAGGCUACAGACCCUCCUCAAGCCCCUCCCCUCGCAGGUAAUGGUAAUCCAUGGGAGUGGUCUGGGGCGCCCAAUGGGGGCGACCCACGUGACACAUAUGACCUCAACAGCAUGACUCGGGGAGACUCCUCCGCCCGCGGCAGCAGCUUCCGGCCUCACAGAUCCGCCUCUCCACGUGCGGCCGUUGACCAUGAGACCGCCUCCCAGGUGGAGAUGUCUGCGGAAGCUCAGCGCAGGGAGAUGGCCAUGAGACGCAAGACAGCGCUGGUUCUGUUGGACCGGGAGAUCCGUAACCAGAGCGAGCAGGAGAACUAUUACAAGAGUCUGCAGGGCCGCAGAUACAAGGAUUAGUUUCUUACCUUUCAAAAUAAAAGCCUUAUUUUCUAACUGCUCACUGACAGCACAGAGGAGGUGUUAACGUGCUUCCUGUUGCUUCACCUGGUGAAGGGGCGGAGCUAAAGUAUCCAUCAGGGAGGUCAGACAAUGGCUCAUCAUUGGGGACAGUUUCAUCUUAAAGCCACCAGAGGGCGACACAGAGACAUUUAGCUCACACAAAUUAUACACAACAUUGAAAAAACAGAAAACAAACAAAAUGGUCCAUAAAGAGUCAAAGAGAACGUACAGUGGGGUGAAGUUUAAGUUUGCUACCAUGGCAACCAUAAAAGUGACCCUAUGUUUCACCUUCCUGUCCAUAUAUGGUCACUUCUGGCUCAAAAUAGCCACCAAGACACAAACCAACAGUUGAACUAUUCUAUCCUCUGUUUGGACACUCAGUGACGUCACCCAUCGGUUCCUGAAGAGGAGUCAUGAUGCCCAGUGAUGGCGGUCGCCAUUUUGGAAAUGGCUACUUAGACUUAUACUUUUUCAGCCUGGAAACAGGAAGAGCUGAGGGGGGCCUUAAGCCCCGUGGCCAACAACUUCAAUGCACCUACCUGUCUUUCAAAUCAGCCGCUCCCUUAUUAUACUAAAUUGUGAAUA